UUUCCGCCAAUAACAAACAUGCUAGCCUGUGACGGUUAAGUCGUUUGUGCUAGUCAUUCCAAGUGUCUGAACAAAAAAGAAGAAAGGGCUGGCGAUAUUUUGGAAGUGUGAUUAAUAGAAAACACCCAACGUAGUAUUACACAAAUGUCACCAUGGAUCUUACCACAAUGCAGAUGUCUAGACCGAAGAUGUUCUCAGUGUCUCACAAGACGGUCUUUGUGGUGGACCACUGUCCCUACAUGGCAGAGUCAAGUCGCCAGCAGGUGGAGUGUGACGUGCUGACGAAGAGUCGAGCACAAGGGGUCAUUCCUUUGGCCCCUGUGUCAAAGUCCCUUUGGACCUGUGCUGUGGAGUGCUCCAUGGAGUACUGCCGGAUCCUCUAUGAUAUUUAUCCAAAGGACAAACUGGUCAAUUACAUUGUGAGUGAUUCAGAGUUCCACAUCUUGAACAGCUGGAGACGGGAAGAUCAGAGCACUCAUGAGCUCAUGUCAGCGCUGGCAGCUGUUGGGCCACCCAACCCACGCGAGGACCCUGAGUGUUGCAGCAUCCUGCACGGGCUGGUCGCUGCAGUGGAGGCGUUGUGUAAGAUCACUGAGCUGCAGCACGAGAGGCGCACCACUCUGAUGGACACAGCCGACAGAGUUGCCAAUAGGGGGCGUAUUAUCUGCCUAACCAAUGCUAAAAGUGAUACUCAUGUGCGCAUGUUGGAAGACUGCAUCCAGGAAACCAUUUUAGAGCAGAACAAGCUGGCGGCAGGCUCAGACAGGCUAAUGGCCAUCCAACAGUGUGACCUGGUUCUGGUUCACAUCUACCCACAGGGUGAGGACACUCUGGUGUCUGACCGGCCGAAGAAAGAGAUCUCCCCUCUGCUCACCAGCGAGGUUCAUAGUGUCCGUGCAGGGCGACACCUGGCCACCAAACUCAACAUUCUGGUCCAGCAGCACUUUGACUUGGCCUCCACCACCAUAACAAACAUCCCCAUGAAGGAAGAGCAGCAUGCCAACACAUCAGCCAAUUAUGAUGUUGAGCUCCUGCAUCACAGAGACGCUCACCUGGAGUUCUUCAAGAGCGGAGACUUGCAUAUGGCCGGCACCAGCACUCGAGAAAAUGGACUCAAAGAGACAAUUACACUGAAAUGGUGCACUCCACGAACCAACAGCAUAGAACUGCAUUACUGUACAGGAGCCUAUCGCAUCUCCCCAACAGACGUAAACAGUCGUCCUUCAUCAUGUUUGACAAACUUUCUCCUUAACGGGCGAUCGGUGCUGCUGGAGCAGCCGAGGAAAUCGGGGUCGAAGGUCAUCAGCCACAUGCUCAGCAGCCACGGAGGCGAGAUCUUUCUGCAUGUGCUCAACAGCAACCGCUCCACCCUGGAGGACCCGCCCUCCAUCAGUGAGGGCUGCGGUGGCCGCGUGACAGACUACCGCAUCACUGACUUUGGUGAAUUUAUGAGGGAGAACCGGCUCACGCCUGUGUCUGAGUCCUCCCACGAUCCCUCGGGGAAGCUGCCAGCUGAGAGGGCCAAAGCCCAGCUGGAGCGUUACACUCGAUACUGGCCAAUGAUCAUCUCUCAGACCACCAUCUUCAACAUGCAGGCGGUGGUUCCUUUAGCUAACCUGAUAGUGAAAGAGACUUUGUCCGAGGAGGAUGUUCUGACCUGCCAGAAGACAGUUUACAACCUGGUAGACAUGGAGAGGAAGAACGACCCUCUCCCUAUUUCCACUGUGGGAUCCAGAGGCAAAGGACCCAAGCGAGAUGAACAGUAUCGCAUCAUGUGGAACGAGCUGGAAACAUUAGUGAAAACUCACGCCGGAGACACAGACAGACACCAGAGGGUGCUGGACUGCAUCAUCGCCUGCCGCAGCAAACCUCCCGAGGAGGAGGAGAGGAAGAAGAGGGGGAGGAAGAGGGAGGAUAGGGAAGACAAGGCGGAGAAAAAUGGCAGCAAGGAAACAGAGGACAAAAGCUGGCAGGACUCGGAGAGACUAAAGGGCUUGCUGGAUAAAGACGAUCAGGAGUCGGAAGUGAUCAAGGAUUCCCCGGACUCUCCGGAGCCGCUCAAUAAGAAGCCACGCCUGUCCACAGAGGAGGUUCAGCCUCCGGAGAGGGCAAAAGGUCCCGUCUCGCUCCUCACCAUGUGGACAAACCGCAUCACUGCUGCCAAUUCCAGGAAGCAUCAAGAGUUCAUUGGAAGAGUGAGCUCCGUGAACAACAAGUUUGAGUUGUACCAGCAGCUCAAAGACGAGAACGGGAUGGACGUUCAUGAAAACGGAAAGGCCACCAGAUGAUGUCUCAAUGGAUUAACUGCUACACCCCCCUGCCAAGGAUGAGAUUGUGGACCACAGUGUUUUUCAGACUUGGUUGUCCCCUACACUCCCAAAAACGAGGAUAUGAAAUAAAACAGUGAACUCUAACGAACAAUUUUUAAUUUUUUUACUCAUCAUUUUGUAGAUAUGCUGUUCACAUAUUGUGUAACACAAUAAAAACUGUUAAUAGAGA